AUGGUGCGCUUGAAGCACCGCUACCUGCUGGUGAACUUCCUGUACCCGUCGCCGGCAACCUCGUCGUCCAAGCCCGCCAAAGCCGUGCCUGAUGUGGUCCAAUUCCACCAGCCGAGCUCCGACAAGCUGACUGCCGGUCUUCUCAUAAAAAUCAUCCGCGAUGGCAUUGCAGAGCUUUUUGGAGACUAUGGCGCUGGUAUGACAAGUGGUACACUGCAGGUUAAAUACUUCUCCCCCGCGACAUCCACGGCUAUCAUACGCGUUUCGCGCGACCAUUACCGCCUUGUCUGGGCCGCGCUGUCGUUCAUCACGCGGCUCCCACAUCCAGUCAAUCAAGAUUGCGUAGUCCAAGUCGUCCGCGUAUCGGGCACCAUCCGCAAAGCCGAGGAAGAAGCUAUCAAGCGCGCAAAGCAGGCAAUCCUGCACGCUCGGCGUGACGCCUCGGCCGAUGUUCUGCUGGACCAGCGAGGAGCUGCCAUGUCCGAUGCUAGCAAGGUUCACGAAGACGUGCCGAUGGGGGGUGUCGUCGACGAUGAAGAUGACGACAGCAGCGAUGCAUGA